CUCAGCCUGUGCGUGGGUGACGCAUUUGUACAUGCAUCGUACUUCCAUGGAAACUAUGGCGUGAGAAAUGAUACUUUUUGAUUUUGAGCAGAGAGUUGAUUUUGAGCACGAUUUCGUCGAUACUCAGACGAUACAGAUUUUGAUUUGAUUACUAGUAUUAAUUUUCAGGUGUGCAGAGAGUAAAGGGACAGAUAGUACAGAUGACCUAGAUUGUUGCCCUGAAAUUCUCAUUAGAUAUGGCGAAGCGAAUGAAGAGUGUACCAUCACUGGAUCGACGGCUAGCUCCGCGAAUUCAAGAGUAUGUUGACUCUCAUCCUGGAAACAUUCAAGUGGACACGAUGGCUCUUGCUUUACAAGAACAAUAUGGGGAUUAUCGACGGAGACCGCGCAUCGCCUUUCGCCUUCUAGUUAAUCAAGUGUACAUGAGCAUGAAAGCUGCAGCUCCAGAGGCGAACCGAGCACUUCCCAGACACCCACCCCCUGACACAACUGCCGACUUGAUGGCCGCUGGUUGCGAAGAAGGAGGAUCAGAGGAGAUUGGCGAGACUGCUGGUGGCCAGGAGAGCAUGUCGCAGGAUGAGGGCAAUGUUGACCAAGCUGGUGAAGCCACUAAGCCACUCGACGAGUCUGUUGAACCGAAGCCGAAACGUAGGAAGCUGAAACGCAGGUACCGCCACACAGACGAUGAAGGUGACGAGCCAUCGACAGCUCAGCAGUGGGAAACCAAGGAGUCCAAAGUUACUCUGGACGACUUCUAUGGCUACGAACAAGUGAAAAAGGCAACCUUUGAGCUGAUAGAUGUGUUUGCAUGGGAUUCGUUCCUCAACGACCCGGCAUCGGGCGGGCGGCAGCCAUUCGCUGUGGGCUUUGACGGCGGGCUUCUUCUCCAUGGACCAUCUGGCUGUGGGAAAACGUUGCUGGCACACGCCAUAGCGGGGUCCCUUCACUUUCCUAUCUUGGAAGUCCAGGCGGCCGAAGUCGUGUCGGGAAUAUCUGGCGACUCCGAGAAGAACCUGCGCCAGCUGUUCCAAACUGCUCGUGAGAAAGCACCUUGUGUACUGCUGCUCGACAAGCUCGAAGCGAUAGCACCCAAGACGGAGAAUGCCGGCAAACAAAUGGAAGCUCGUUUGGUGCAUCAGCUGGCCAGUUGCUGUGAGGGUCUGUUUUCAGGGCCACCAUCAUCUGUGCUCCUUAUCGGAAUAGCGAUCAAUCCAGACACCCUCGACCCAUCCUUGAGACAGAGUAAACGCUUUGGAGCUGAGUUCUGUGUUGAUUAUCCAGACGAGAGUUCCCGCCACAGCAUUCUGCAGCACUUAUGCGCUGACACAAAGUUAGAGAGUGGUGUGAGCUUGAAACAGUUUGCACACAACACACCUGGCUACUCUGGAGGAGACCUUUGCUUACUGAGGAAGUACUUCAGGCGCAAUGCUGCUGACAGGCUAGCGCGAGAGAAAUCCGGAGUGGACUCACGCGGUAAUUUCGGAGCACAGUGCGUAAUAGACCGGCAGUUUCCUCCUGAGGAUUUGCUAUCUCCCACUGUCACCACAGCAGACUUCAGAGAAGCACUUCGAUGUGUUGUUCCAUCAGGCAGGAAGGGAACGUUGGCGCAUAUUCCAGAUGUUUCUUGGAGUGAUGUUGGUGCGCUGCAGCUUGUAAAGAAGGAACUCAGCAAGGCAAUCUUAAGUCGAGUGCAUUCACCGGAAAUGUACCGGUCGCUUGGGAUGCCAACGUCGUCUGGUGUGCUUCUAGUCGGCCCCCCUGGUUGUGGCAAGACGCUUGUAGCCAAGGCUGUUGCGAAUGAGUCGUCCAUAAACUUCUUGUCUGUGAAAGGCCCAGAGGUGUUCAACAUGUAUGUGGGUGAAAGUGAGCGUGCAGUCCGACAGCUGUUUGAACGUGCCCGCAGCGCAACACCAUGCGUAAUCUUCUUCGACGAAAUUGAUUCACUAGCAACAAGGCGAACCUCAUCAUCAGAUGGUCAUUCUACGUCACGCGUUGUCAACACUCUCUUGACGGAAAUGGAUGGUGCAGGUGACCGGGGCCAGGUGUUUGUGAUUUGCACCACCAAUCGCCCAGAUAUCCUGGAUCCAGCAAUAUUGCGGCCAGGCCGGCUGGACACUAUCCUGUACGUUGGAAUCCCAGAUGCCAAAGCGCGUGCAGAGAUUCUACGUGCUCAGACCAAGAAUGGUACAAAGCCCCGGCUAGCAGAGGACGUUGAUCUUGAUCGAAUCGCGGGGGACGAGCGUUGCGAGGGUCUGACGGGCUCCGACUUGAAGCUCCUGCUUAGUCAGGCAUGCGAUGCUCUUAUUGAGGAGCGACAUCAGCACUAUCUUAUUGGUGACCAAGCUAUGGACAGUGGCCAGGUUCAGCCAGGUUCUGACAACUCCCUCUCAGAACAUAACCAGGUCAUAGGUGAUGAACAGGUUCAGCCAGCUUCUGACAACUCCCUCUCAGAACACAGCCAGGUCAUGGGUGAUGACCAGGUUCAGCCAGCUUCUGACAACUCCCUCUCAGAACAUAGCCAGGCGGUCGUGGAUGAUGACCAGGCGCAGAGUAAACAUGACGCGGUGUCAGAACCGGACUUGCCAGCGGCUUACGUGCUGCACUCGCGCCAUUUUGAAAUAGCUCUUGCAACGAUCAAACCAUCCGUAUCCGACAAGGAUCGCCGGGAGUAUGAGAAGGUGGCAGAGAAGAUGCAGCGCGCAAUCCGCUAGAUCGCCUGCAUCCGGCAGUUGCUAACAUGGCCCUUUCACUUUGUAUAUAAUAUUUGCAACACACCUGUAAAUACGAGCUUGCUUUCUAACCCUCAAUUGCUGAUUUGUGUGUGUUCCAAUGCUAUUUGCUGGAGGUGUUUUGCUUUGUCUCUUUAAAUACGUAACUGUUCAUGCUACUUCAGGGGUAUUUUGUACGCUGAUAUUUUUUAACGAGCGAUGAUUUCAACCUGUGGCAUAUUUUUAUUUAUUCUUCAUGGUCAAAAACGACUGAAUUGA